CCCAGUGGGGUCUCCAUUCUCCAACCCAAACCUUCUUUCCAGAUAAGCAAACACCAUGCCAACUUGUUAAUCAUCAUCAUCGUAUAUAUACACAUAUUAAUCCACUCUCUUAAUCAACAACAUCAUUUCUUCUGAAUUUAAUCUUCUUUUAUACAGUUUUACUUGAUGAACAUUUCGUUUUAGUAAAGUUUAUUUGAGAGAAGCGAGGACAGUUAUGGAUGAAUCCUGGCGAAUGCGAAUGGGAUCAUCAAUGCAAUCAUUACCGUCUAGAAAAUCAAUGGCCGAGGUAGCCACACGUCACUCUUUCACUUCCACUACUCUUGAUCCCGAAGAUUUCGCCGACGUUUUCGGCGGCCCACCAAGGACGCUUCUCUCCCGGAAAUUCUCCAGUGACUUUACCAACUCCUCUUCCUUCUACGCCGAGAUAUUUCGGAAUCCGUCUCCCGAGUUGCUUUCUCCGCCCAAAAUGAGGGGCCGGGUCUUACCGGCCUUCAGGAUCCCAGUCAGGUGCGACGGCUUCUACGGUGACGUUUUUUCAUACACCGGACGGAAAUCAAGGGAGCGGUCUCGGCCCAAGUCAAAUCCCUCCUCAGUUUUGAGCUCGGAGGAGCUGAGUCCUCUCCGGCCGCUGGACGGGGAUGACGUGGCGUUGUCUUCUUAUGCUUCCAAGCUCAGGCCAAUCAACGUUCCAUGUAGAUGGAAUUCAGGAGAUGAUGAAGAUGAUAAGGCUGAGCCGAGACAAGAGGAAGGUGAAGGUGAAGGUAUGGAAAAUGAAAACAAUAAUGAGUUUUGCAGAAGCUCUUAUUAUUAUGGAUUGUCAGGACGUGUUUCAUCCCCAGAAACCAUUAUUAGUCUUGAACACAAUUCAUUUCCAAGUAUCAAAGUGUGUGUGGAUGAUUUACAUCUCACAAACUCCCCUUCAUCUCCUGCUGCCUCUUCAGUACUCUGUCAAGAAGAACAAGUAGUUGAUGACGAUGUUAUGAGUUCCUAUGUGAUUGAGAUCAAUUCUGACUAUAGAGAUGGAAUUGGCGAAGCAGUUUCCAUCGAUGAGGCCAUUGCUUGGGCCAAGGAGAGCUUUCACACUCACACUUCCUCAUCAUCACAACAAAAACACAAUCAAGUGGCUAAUGAAGGGUCUAAGGUUAAUGAAGUUUUAGAUCGAGAAAUUCAAGGACAUGGAACCGAGCAUAUGCAUUCUCUCAUGGGCGAACAAAGGAACUGGACAACUGAAGAAGGAAAAGAACAGCCAGAAGAACAUACUGAAAUGGAGCUUUUGGAAGAAGAAAUAAGAUUGUGGGCAUCUGGUAAGGAAACCAAUAUCCGUUUGCUGCUUUCAGCCCUACAUCAUAUAUUGUGGUCCAAUAGUGGUUGGUAUGCUGUUCCUUUAACAAACCUCAUCGAUAGCUCACAUGUGAAGAAGGCAUAUCAAAAAGCCAGGCUUUGUCUCCACCCAGACAAACUACAGCAAAGAGGAGCAACACCCCAGCAAAAAUAUGUUGCAGAGAAGGUCUUUGCCAUCCUUCAGGAUGCAUGGACGGCAUUUAUCUCUGAAGAUGUUUUCUUUAAGUAGUAUUGCAUUCAAACCUUGGGAACUCAGUUUUGACCAAAAUGUGGAACAGUCUGUUGUAACCUAGAAUCAAGUCCUGAAUACUGUUGGUACCAUGUUGGCCGGAAAGUGUAACUUUAUAUUGUAUUUCAUAUCUAUACGUUGAUAUUAUGUUUCACAAGAUCUUGAUAAUUGAUAAGCACCAAAGAUGGAAAAGAUAUAUACAGAGGCUGCAAUUUUGACUUACUGGUUUGUGUAAAACAUAGCAUUAAUUAGACUUUUAUCAAAACUGUGAUCUUCUUCAUU